CACCGCAUGUCCGUAUCAUUUGAAAAGGUCAUACCCGCCACCUGAAACUCCAACCCUCUCUUCUCCAGUAAAACUUCAUCACCUACAAUUACACCCACUUAUAUAUUUAUACAAACACACAAACACACAUAUAUAUAUAUAAUUUUGGGUUCACACUUCAGUGACUUCACACCCGUUUUUUUGGGUAGUUUACAAAAUACACGGAACUCGUUUUUAAUAUAUACUAUCUCUAUAUCUAUAUCUUCACAUGCUGUACUCGGUUGUUCAAAUUUUGGGUCAUUUGAUGCGUUCGAGCUGUGUCUGAUUCCGAGUCAACCCAGUUCGUGAUUGGAUUCCUAGCUUAAGAACUCGUUUGGGUUUGUCUUGUGCUUGAUUGAUUAGAGUUCGAAUUAAGAAAUUUAGGGUUUUUGGUAGUUAAUGUAGCGAUGAUCGAACUUUUGAGAUUCAGUGAGCAUCGCUUGACGGUGUUGCUGGUGAUGUUGUUUUCGGUAUUUCAGAAUCUGAUUUUUUGUUUGUCUCUCAACGAAGAAGGUUUGGCAUUGUUGAAACUUAGGGAAAGGGUUGUGAGUGAUCCAUUUGGUGCCCUGUCUAAUUGGAAUGAUGAAGUUGGAGUAAUUGAUCCGUGUUGGUGGUUUGGUGUCGAGUGCUCGGAUGGAAAUGUUGUGGUUUUGAACUUGAAGGAUCUCUGUCUUGGAGGAACACUAGCUCCUGAUCUAAGAAAUCUGGUUCACAUAAAAUCUAUUAUUUUACGCAAUAACUCUUUUUCCGGAAUCAUUCCUGAAGAGAUUGGAGAGCUGAAAGAGUUGGAGCUGUUGGACCUUGGAUACAAUAAAUUCAGUGGACCAUUCCCCUCUGAACUUGGCAAUAAUCUGUCACGAGCAACUCUUCUACUGGACAACAAUGAGCAGUUCAGUAACAUAUCUCCUGAAAUUAAUGAGCUCAAAAUGCUUUCUGAAGUUCAAGUAGAUGAGAACCGGCUUUUUAAAGUUCUGCAAAGAUCAUCUAGCAACAAAAGAUUCAUCUCAUGGAACAUUGCUCAGUCCGGAUAUGCAACUCAUCGGAGAUUGCUAAAAGCAUCAGCUAACGAUCCGUCAAAAGGACAAGGAAAGAAAUCGCCACCACCACCACCACCACCAUCACCAUCACCAUCUCCAUCAUCAGAGCCUUCAUCACCUCCUUUUUCUGCCCCAACACCUUUCCCCACACACCAAUCAAGUUCAAAUCGAAAACAUUAUAGAGUUCUAAUAAUGUCGGUAGCCAUAGGGGGCUCUGUGUUGCUAUUCAUUUUAUUCAUUGGUAUAUUCUUCUGUCGAGGCAAUAGGGUGGCUGCUACCAAAUCUUGGGCCUCAGGAUCAAGUGGGCAGCUGCAAAAAACUUUUGUAACUGUUGUGCCAAACCUCAAGAGAUCAGAACUUGAUGCCGCUUGUGAAGAUUUCAGCAACGUAAUUCAUUCUUCAUCACUUGUCACGAUAUACAAAGGGACACUGUCCAAUGGAGUUGAAGUAGCCGUUACAUCUGUUGCAGUUACAUCUGCCAGGGAUUGGUCAAAGAAUCUGGAAGUCCAGUUCAGGAACAAGAUUGACACAUUAUCAAAAAUCAACCACAAGAAUUUUGUGAACCUUCUCGGGUUUUGCGAGGAAGAGGAGCCUUUCACUAGAAUGAUGGUUUUUGAAUAUGCUCCAAAUGGAACACUCUUUGAGCAUUUGCAUAUAAAAGAAGCAGAACACUUGGACUGGGGUAUGCGGAUGAGGAUUAUAAUGGGCAUGGCCUACUGCCUCGACCACAUGCACCAAAUGACACCACCCAUAUCCCACAAAAACCUGAACUCAACCACUGUCAAUCUCACUGAAGACUAUGCAGCCAAGAUCUCGGAUUUUGAUUUUUGGAAAGAAGUAGAUGCUGCUAAGAUGGACUUGCAUCUGGCAAGUAAUGUCUACAGCUUUGGUGUAAUAUUGUUCGAAAUGAUAACUGGCAGACUCCCUGGCUCAGUAGAUGGUGGCUCGCUUGAGGACUCGCUAUCUGACUAUUUGAGAGGGGAAGAGCCCCUCACUGAAAUGGUGGAUCCUACUCUAAAACAUUUCCGAGUGGAGCAGCUUGAAAAACUCGGUGAAGUGAUUAUAUCCUGUGUUCACCCUGACCCAACACAGAGACAGGAAAUGAGAGAUGUUUCUGCAAGAUUGAGAGAGAUAACAGCAAUAGGACCUGAUGCAGCAACCUCAGAACUCUCGUCGCUUUGCUUUGCAGAGCUCGAGAUUAUAUCCAUAGCAUCAAGCUAACAGGUGAUAUUCAGCUUGUUAUUAAAUUUCUUUUGUGUGUCCUUAAUCGGCGAGGCUUGAAGGAAUUGCCAAUAGGUGGUUACAGCUUGUAUCUAUUGUAGGGACAUGGUGGAUGUACAUAAAUGAGAUAAGGAAAAAGCGUACAUAUCUUUCUUC